AUGAGCGCCGGAGAAGGGAAAACCGUGUGCGUUACUGGUGCCUCAGGUUACAUUGCUUCAUGCCUUGUUAAGCACCUUCUCCAUCGUGGUUACACCGUCAAAGCCUCUGUUCGUGACCCAAGUGAUCCGAGAAAAACACAACACUUACUUGCACUCGAGGGCGCCGAGGAAAGGCUGAAAUUGUUUAAAGCAGACUUAUUGGAAGAAGGUUCCUAUGAUUAUGCAGUUGAAGGCUGCGAAGGUGUUUUUCACACAGCAUCUCCCUUUUAUCAUGAUGUCACAGAUCCACAGGCAGAAUUACUCGAUCCUGCUGUGAAGGGAACACUGAAUGUUCUGAACUCAUGUGCUAAUACCUCUUCUGUCAAACGAGUGAUCUUGACAUCUUCUGUAGCUGCAGUCACAUACACUGGGAAACCUCGAACUCCAGAUGUUGUGGUUGACGAAAGUUGGUUUACCGAUCCUGAGUACUGUAAAAGCUUAAAGCUCUGGUAUGUAGUCUCCAAAACCAUAGCUGAGGAAUCUGCCUGGACAUUUGCAAAAGAGAAGGGCCUCGACUUGGUUGUCAUAAACCCGGCAAUGGUGAUCGGUCCUCUUUUACAGCCAACACUUAACACAAGUGCUGCAGCAGUUUUAAGCUUAAUUAAGGGAGCGCACACAUUCCCGAAUGCAACUUUCGGUUGGGUUAAUGUAAAAGACGUUGCGGAUGCACACAUCCAGGCAUUUGAGAUUCCAUCAGCUAGUGGAAGAUAUUGUUUAGUCGAGAGAGUUGCACAUUGCUCGGAAGUUGUAAAGAUCUUAAGUGAGCUAUAUCCUUCUUUCCAUCUCCCAGAAAAAUGUGCAGAUGACAAGCCUUAUGUGCCAACGUAUCAGGUGUCAAAGGAAAAGGCAUUGAGUUUGGGUUUAGAAUUCACUCCCUUGGAGGUGAGUCUCAAGGAAACAGUUGAAAGCUUGAGGGAAAAGGGAUUUGUCAGCUUUGAUUCUUAG